CAAAUAUUUACGUAUCUCUCAUGAUAUAAGUCGGAACAUUUUUGUUAUUUUUCACGUACUCGUCACAUAUCACCUUUUAUUUCGCAUUGACGAAUCGUAAAAUAUUUCAGAAUACGCCUCAACUCUAUCACUGCCAUCUGAUAGCACGAUAAUCACCUUCGUAAGCAAUACCAUAGAUUCUCCUACUAGAUUGAUUUUUCAAGUGCAGCCCUUCUCUUCUUCCUACCUACUGUCUAAAAUACCUGCGCCAGUUACAUGCGCAAGUUUUCCAGCGUCAUCGUAAUCGAUAAAAUACGCUCAGUCGUUCACGCACCUUGUACAUAAUAACAUGUCCAAGGUCUCAAUACGGCCCAAUGUGAAUCACGAGAAAGACGUGGUAGACACGUUGAUGUGGAACCGAUGGUUGCUGCGAAUAAUCGGUAUUUGGCCGUUAGUGUAUCCAAAUACCACGAAAAUCGAGAAGAUCCUAGCGACGUUCGCGUUUGCACUGUGCUGGACUGUGCUCGCUUUACUUCUGGUACUCACGAGCAUGUACACCUUCUCGGAUCAGAGUAUCAUGAGCGAAAAGAUGAAGAUGCUGGGCCCACUGGGCUACGUGUUCUUUUCCAUGCUGAAGUAUCUCUUCCUAGUGAUACGUCACAAGAGUAUCCGUGGAUGUGUCCAAGUCCUCAGCGCCGACUGGCGCAUGGUUCAGCAGGGUUAUCAUCGGGAGAUCAUGAUAAGGGAAGCAGCGAAGGGCCAUGUACUCUCCAAGUUCUGCAUAAUGUUCAUGUACUGCGGCGGCUUGUCCUACAAUACGGUGAUGCCGUUCCUGUCGCAGACACCCGAGAGCGAGCUGAACAUUACCGUCCGACCGAUGGCUUACCUCGGCUUCGACAUUCUCUUCAAUCUGGAAUUCAUGCCGGUUUACGUUUUCGCCUUCUGCCUGCAAUGUUUCACCGGCGUCGUCAUGUUCAACAUUACCACGUCGGUAUGCUGCUUGGCGGCCAUGUUCGUGGCUCACGCCUGUGGCCAGAUCGACAUCGUGAUAGAUCGUAUGGAGAACCUCAUGAAGGGUAACGAACAAUGCAGUCGCAUGAAGUUUGACCGGUGCAUGGCAAUUAUCGUGCAACAUCACGUGCGAGCGUUGAGAUUUUCAGCCAACAUCGAGGACACUCUGCGUGAGAUAUGUCUGGUUGAGUUGGUGGGAACGACGUUAAUAAUGUGUCUGGUAGAAUAUUCACUGAUCACGGAGUGGAAUAACAGCGACCGUAUAGCAAUCUUCACGUAUUUCUUUCUGUUAAUUUCCUUUAUCUUCAACAUUUUUGUGUUCUGUUACAUCGGUGAGCUGCUGACGGAACAGUGCACCAAAAUCGGGCAUACAUCGUACAUGAUCGAGUGGUACAAUUUGCCAGGUAAAGCCGCUCUCGAUCUUAUGUUAAUGAUCACAAUGUCUCGUCACCCGGUGCAUAUUACCGCUGGAAGAAUGAUAAGUCUCUCUUUCGCUAAUUUCGGUAACGUUCUAAAAACAUCGGUCGCGUAUUUGAACUUGCUUCGAACUGCCGUUUGAUAGAUGCAAAAGUAUCAAUGAAAGAAUGCGUAAUAACUCAGAUUAUUAUACGAUGAGAAAAUUAUUUAUGAUAAAAGUAAGAGUUUAUUGAUACUAUAAUAGUGCAUGUGCUGAAUAAAUUAUUUA